AUGGUGGGGUGGUUACUGCGAUGCCCACUCGUUUCCUCCCUGCGGCCUCUGCAAAUUCCCCAGGCUACUGCAGUGCAGCCUGUGGGCGGCACUCUUUACGCAGCGGUGGCUGCGCGCAACGCAACCAAUCAGAACCCAUGCGAGGCGAAGGGCUGGGUGUUGUUAGGCCGGGCAGCACACUUCGCGCAGCGGUGGGUUACUGCUGAACCCUUCACACCCAUUUCCUCCUGCUGUUUCCUGGUUCCCCAGGCUAUUGCAAGCUGUGGGCGUCAGACCAAAACCCCUGCGAGGCAAGAGGGUGGGUACUCCUCGGAAGAGCAUCCCAUUUUGCGCAGCGGUGGCUGGUGCGCAACCAGUAUGUGGUGGGGGGGUACUGCCAUGCCCCUCUCAAGCAACCCACUUCCCUUCUCCCACUUCCUCCCAGGUUACUGCAAGCUGUGGGCGUCGGAUCAGAAUCCAUGUGAAGCCAGAGGGUGGGUCCUGCUGGGAAGAGCAGCACACUUCGCGCAGCGGUGGCUGGUGCGCAACCAGUACGUGGUGGGGGGGUACUGCCGUGUGGUGGAGACUCUGGAGGAGAAGCGGAGGAAGAGGAAUGCUCCCCCGCCGCCCCCGCCACCACCGGAGGAGGAGGAGGAGUUGAAGCGGAUGGCAGAGGAAGAUGGUGCCUUGCAAACCAACGAGUGUCCCAAGCUCACGUGCAACACGGUAACGCGUGGGUACAUGUUUGACCACGAGGGCAAGGGCCACUUCAACUUCACCUACACAGGCAUCGGCCCCGCCCGCCCGCACACGUGCUACCUGCUGUGCCGGAGAACCCCCGGGUGUGCCUUCUGGAUGUACAACAUGCGGUCCAAACGAGUCCAAGCGAGUCCAAGCGAGGUGAGUGGGGCGCUGUGGUUGGGAUUGCAGCCUUUAAGCUCAUCGCGCCUUGAUGUGCCGGAGCACUCCCGGGUGUGCCUUCUGGAUGUACAACAUGCAGUCCAAGCGAGUCCAAGCGAGGUGAGUGGGGCGCUGUGGUUGGGAUUGCAGCCUUUAAGCUCAUCGCGCCUUGAUGUGCCGGAGAACUCCCGGGUGUGCCUUCUGGAUGUACAACAUGCAGUCCAAGCGAGGUGCGUGCAAGAUGUGGACAAGGGAGCAGAACCCGUGUGA